CCCCUCUUUCUUCUCUCCCAUAUUCCUCAUGCUCUCUCUCUCUCUCCGUAGUCUGUAGUCUGCCCCCCAAACACUUCCCAAUAGAUUCCAUCCCCUCUCUAUCAUCCUUGGUAUCCGUCCUCUUUUCACUUCUUAAUUGCAAAGGAUAGCAUUUGCUGGGAGUAGCUAGCUAGUUGUGUUGUGGCGUGUGCGAGGUGAGAUUCAGAAGAGGCUGCGAAGGCAGAGAUGGAAGGCGACAGCUUCUCGGGGAUGGCGAACGGCGGCGGCGGGCAGGUGGAUGGCAAGCUGAUCCAGACGUUCCACAAGAGCUUCGUGCAGGUGCAGAGCAUCCUGGACCAGAACCGGCUGCUCAUCAACGAGAUCAACCAGAACCACGAGUCCCGGGCGCCCGACAACCUCACCCGCAACGUCGGCCUCAUCCGGGAGCUCAACAACAACAUCCGCCGCGUCGUCGGCCUCUAUGCCGACCUCUCCGCCUCCUUCGCCCGCACCAUGGACGCCUCCUCCGAGGGCGACUCGUCGGGCACCCUCCGCUCCUCCGACGGCGCAGGCCGGGCUGGGCAGAAGCGCGUCCGGCCCGGCUAGCUGGGAUGCCAAGGAAGAUUCUUUCUUGCCAUCCCCAAGCUCAAGUAGGGACUUUGUCAGUGAGUGAUUAGUGUAUCAUUAGCGAGUUCUUCUUCUUCGUCUUUGUCCUUGCUGAAAAUGCUUCUGCACGAGUGAUUAGUCUAUCAUUAGGGGAGAAACAGAAACAUUUAUGUAGAAGUUGCUAUGACGACGAGAGAAAAAAAAAAGCGGCACUGUAGUAUGUUCUUGACAACAUGUUCUUGUUUGUCAGCCUUGUUACUAGUAGCAUCUGAAAAUUAUUUUCAAGUACUUGGACAUGGAGCAUAUGCGCUGCAGUUCUCUGUCACUGCAGGUGGGUCAGGGAGGCAAUUCAUACAUCACAGGACAGAUCUUGAGGCAUCUCAGUUACCAUCUCUGACAUUGCCACCAUUCUUCACUCCUCUUUACCUAAGUUCAGAAUCUGAUGAGUUCAUAACUUUCAUGAUCUCACAGUACUCUUUUUGCCACAGGGAUCAUUCAUUCAUGUGUGGAGUUGUGAAUCUGGUGAGUGCAAAAUGGUGGCUCUUCAUCCGAGCCGGAAAUUCUCAUGUACUGACGAUGCAAAGCGCAAAGCUUCACAGCUUUACCAAUCUGCUCACUCCCUGCCAUUUUUCCUUCUUGUCCUGAUGAGUUAUCAUGAAAAGCUUCAUGGCCAAACUACCUGUGCCCUAAUUCAUUCUCUUUACUUGCCCUGCUUUUCCAUCCUGCUCCUACUUCUCACUUGAGUUGGUAUAAUUUAGAUACGGUUUUCCUUUUCUUCAUGCCAAAGGAGAUGUCUAGUGGGCAUCUAUCUGCAAGAUGCUGAACAGCAUCAGCAGGAGCAGGACAAGGGAAAAGCUUCAAUAAUUUUUCGGCUGCCAAUCAUGGUGAGCAACACCAUGGCGAGAAUCUUACUCCUAUUUGAGUGAGUGGUGUGUGUAUAUGUGUGUGAAAUCAGUCCCUUUUUUCUGAUCUAGUGUGUGAAGAACCUUUUUCGACCACUGAUUUGGCCUUCUGGAGAGUGCCUCUUGGGUCCCCUUGUUCUCUAUCUACAGUGUUAAUACUGUUUCCACUAAUUAAAGAAACACAAGGGAUGUAGGCAUGUAGCUAGGCAGCUUAUGUGUUGGAUUAACAAUUCAUGAAAACAGGUACUAUUUGAAAUU